AAUGCUGACAGACACAACUACGCUGGGUAAGUAGAAAGGCUAUAUAAGAAGAGAUAUGUUGCAUACGUUGGCCUAGUGGAUUCAGUUUCGUCCCUCAUCAGCAUCAACAUCAGCAUCAACAUCAACAUCACAUCAUGUCUUCUUCCAAUAAACACUGGCCAAGCAUGUUCAAAUCCAAGCCUUGCAAUUCCCACAACCAAUGGCAGCAUGGCAACAACUCUUCUGUCCUGUCAACGGGAUGCCAAAGAAGCCCUUAUACUCCAGGAAAUGAAGAGAAAACUCCAGAACCAAAGUCAAGAUGGAAUCCAAAACCCGAGCAAAUUCGCAUUCUAGAAGCCAUCUUCAAUUCUGGGAUGGUGAAUCCCCCAAGGGAUGAGAUAAGGAAGAUCCGGGUGCAGUUGCAGGAGUAUGGCCAAGUUGGUGAUGCCAAUGUGUUCUAUUGGUUCCAGAAUCGCAAAUCCAGGAGCAAGAACAAGCUCCGCCACAUCCAAAACUCAAAGAAACACAACACAGAAACACAACCAAACUCACUUUCUCUCUCUCAAAUCAUACCACCUUCAACCUCAUCCUCUUCCUCUGACAAAUCCUCCUCAAAAGAAUUAGUGCACCAAAAUGCGAUCUCCUUUGGAUUCUCAAAUGUCAAUGAUGCACUGCCUAAUUCUCCCACUGCUUCUGUGAAUCAGACUUAUUUACAGUCUCACAACUACAAUAACACCGCUUUGCUGCCACCAGCGAUCGAGUCUUUCUCCUUUCCUUUGCACAAUAAUGGUCAAGGUGUAAUAGUUAACGAUACCAUCACAACGCAUGGGUUUUCUCUCCCUCAGUUCUCCAACAAUAUCAUGCAAUCUCAACCACAGUGUCAACCAAAGGUUGGACCCAGCAGUAGUCUUUUCCUCAACGAGAUCAUGAACCAGGAAAAGGCAUUAAAAUCAAUGCACCGUCAACAACUUAGCUCCCAUCCGACUUCAUCUUCAACCACAACCGUUGCUCCCGCAAUCUCAACUCUUCCAUGUCCAAUCACCCAGCUUCAAGGUGUUGGUGUUGAGGUUACAGCAGAUAGAGAAAAAUGUAUAGUUUUCAUUAACGAUGUUGCAUUUGAGGUAAUGAUGGGACCCUUCAACGUGCGCCAAGCCUUCGGAGAUGAAGCCGUGCUUAUCCACUCUUCCGGCCCUGUCCCCACCGAUGACUGGGGCAUUACCCUCCACCCACUGCAGCAUGGUGCUUACUAUUAUCUGAUAUAAGGAAGUGAAGCUGAGAAGGAAAACAUGAUUUAGAUAUAUACUUUUCUAUGUUUCGGUUUGGUUGUUCCCUUUUGUCCCAACAUAUAGUUAUUGUUACAGGGUUUGCAAUGUGCUUCAUAAAUGACUAGUUCAGUGCAGGUCUCAAAGUAUAGAAAUCGUGUCUUGGUUGACCGGGAUAUUUGUAUUUUCAUUUUAUGGAUAAAUUGUU